AGUCUCUGACUCCUUCCUGUUUGAUUUAAAGUCUAAAUAACUGCCUGUUUUUGGCGCUGCAGGUCGAGCAUGGUGGGUCUGCCCAAAGUGAAGAGAGACAAGUUUUCAGUCUUCAACUUCCUGACUGUGACGGAGAGCAGAGAACCUCCAGCUCCUCCAAAGCCUCCGGGGGCUGGGAAGAGGUCUCGGUGGGACGUUUCAGACCAGGAGGGGGAGAAGAAGAACGACCCCCUUAGUGAGCUGCUCAGCGCUGCACGAAACCAAAGCGAGGUCAAACUGGAACAAACCUCCGUACCUGCUUUACCUGCGUCCACCAGCACCGACGAUCAGACCCCCCGGCAGAGCGGAGGAGACAAAGUCAGCGGGUCGGCCGAGCUCAGACGAGAAGAAAGGAGGUGACGAAGACCAGGAGGAGGAGGAGGAAGAGGAGGAGAGCCGGCCUCACAUGGAUCUGUUCAAAGCCAUCUUCGCCGGCUCCUCUGAUGAGAAAUCCUCCUCUUCAUCCGAGGGAGAGAGCGACGAUGAGGAGGCCGUGAAGGAGGAGGAGCUCAAAGUCGAGCCGCAGCCGCUGAAUCUCUUCAACAUCACCUCCUCGCCGUCACCUCCUCCGCCACCACCGCGUCGGGCCAGCAGGCGGCGGCGGUUUCAUCUCAGAACUCGACUCAAGAACAAGAAGAAGAAGAGUUUGGUCCGAAGCUGCCGCCUCCUUCAGCUGCUCUCAUGAGAGGAGGCGCCACCUCCGCCUGCUCCCCCCGUGAGGAGGAGAAACCCAACAAGAGGAGCAGAGAGAAGAAACACAAGAACAAGAAGCAGCACAAACACA